AUGGCAUGCUCUGAUAAGUACGCCGGAGAUGUAUAUGAGAAAUCAGUGGAGACUCAAGACCUGACAGUUGAACAGCAGAAAGACCUUGGCUACAUGGCUCUAAGAGACGACUUUGAUAAAGAUUACGACAAUGAUGCUGAGACCAGUAUCAGCUCCGUCUGCUUGCAUUACACUGAUGAUGCUAUUGAUGUCGCCUACAAAGUUUUCCAAGUUGAGCAGUUUCGUGAGAGGCAGAUGGAUAGAGACAAGAGGAAGGUACUUGCCAAACGCUACAACAUUCUCUAUGAUUCCUCACAUCUUGGGUUCAAGUCCUUUCGAGUCAACUGGAAAAAAAGAACCAGAGAGUUCAAAGCAUACCAGAACAACUUCUUAUCAGUUGCAAAGUUCAUGGACAAAUCAAAAUUCGCAGGUCUCUUCAAGAAUCUGGAAAGGCAGAAAAAGAUUUGCAGGCACCUGAGUUUGCUACUCAGAUUGAGUAAGAAUGGCCUCAAAAAAAUGACAGAAAAAGAGAUAAAGAAAGCGAAACAGAGAGAGAAAGAGAAAAGGAGAGGAGUGAGAAUGGGGAAUGAAAGCGAUUCAAUAACUGGGAGAGGAGUGAGAAUGAGGAAUGAAAAUGAUUCAAUAACUGUGAGAGUAGUGAAAAUGAGGAAUGAAAGUGAUUCAAUAACUGGAUAA